UUGGACGGUAGCUUCCAUGUUGUCUCCAAUGAGGUGUUGGUUGCUGUCCAUCACCUCUGUGGUGCUGAAAUUUGGAUGAUGCCUAUCAGGAGACCUCAGGGCUGCUGCUGCGUGUCCCAUUUCAAUGAGGACAAUGGGCGGUUCAUCCUCUUAGCAGUGCUCAUCGUGGUGUACCUGACUGCUGGAGCCACCAUCUUCUCAGCCAUCGAAAGCCCAUCUGAAGCAGAAGCUCAGCAGCGUUGGAACUGGACCCUUCAAAACUUCAGCCAGAUCUUCAACAUCAGCCUCCCUGAGCUAAGGGCCUUUCUGAGAAGUUAUGAAGCAGCCAUGGCUGCAGGCAUCAGAGCAGAUGCCCUCCGGCCAAGAUGGGACUUCACAGGGGCUUUUUAUUUUGUGGGCACCGUGGUAUCAACUAUAGGCUUUGGGAUGUCCACACCAGCAACCGUAGCUGGCAAAGCCUUCCUUAUUGUUUACGGUCUUUUUGGGUGUGCCGCAACCAUCCUCUUCUUCAAUCUCUUCCUGGAGCGCAUCAUCUCGCUCCUGGCUUUGGUCAUGAAGGCUUGCCACGAGCGGCAGCUGCGGAGAAGUGGCCUUCUACCUCCAACUUGCCGACGGGGCUCAGCCAUGUCUGAUGUCGACAGCCUGAUUGGGUGGAAGCCAUCUGUCUAUCACGUAAUGCUGAUCUUGGGAAUCUUUGCCAUUACUCUUUCUUGCUGUGCCUCAGCCAUGUACACAGCUGUGGAAGGAUGGAAUUACAUUGACUCCUUGUAUUACUGCUUUGUCACCUUCAGCACCAUUGGGUUUGGUGAUCUGGUGAGCAGCCAAAAUGCCAUCUACCGAAAUCAGGGAUUAUACAGAUUUGGGAACUUCAUGUUUAUAUUAAUGGGGGUAUGCUGUAUAUACUCCCUUUUUAAUGUCAUCUCGAUCGUCAUCAAGCAGGUUUUAAACUGGAUGCUAAGAAAAUUCCGUUGCAGGUGUUGCCCUGAUUGCAAUAAGCCAGCCACUCGCCUCGGGCGGCGCAACGCCAUCACGCCAGGGUCCCGCUUCCGCCGGCACAACUUCUCCAUGGAGACCGACGGGCAGUAUGACAGUGACACAGAGGGGAGAAGGCUCUCGGGGGAAAUGAUCUCCAUGAGGGAUCUCACAGCCUCCAACAAAGUCUCCCUGGCGCUUCUGCAAAAACAAUUGUCCGAGACAGCCAACGGCUACCCUCGGAGCGUCUGCAUCAACACUAGGCAAAACGGCUUUUCUGGAGGAGUAGGCGCUUUAGCGAUCAUGAACAAUAGAUUGGCAGAGACAAGCGAUUCUAGGUAG